UAUUACAUGUUGUUCUCCCUGUAGUAAACCAUGAGCUAUUGGAGUUGCAGGUGUGUGAGUUAAGAGAAUAUAAAGAAUUGUCCUUAUAUUCUCCAUCAAUAAGACCAGCUGUUUGGUAACGUGGUACCACAGCUGUAUCCAAGGAAAUCUUGCCAACAUGUCUUAUUGCCAGAAAGCGUCUUUGCGAAGGAUUUGUAGAGAGACCUUGACUCACACAACAGCACACGGCAUCUCCAGCAUUUUGCGUUCCAAGUCCACAUUUCAGAAGAACUGCUGGAUCGUCUUUGUCAUCUUUGUUGUAACAUGCAUGUUGUGGCAAUGCAGUGAACUCAUCAUUGCCUUCUUCCAGUAUCCCUCGCAAGAGAGGAUCACCUUGGUCAACAAUUCCAAGCUGAAGUUUCCCGCUGUGACCUUCUGCAACCUCAACCGGGUUCGCAAGUCCCUUCUGAACUCUAAGUACAGCUUCCUGAAGAAGGAGCUGCCAUUUCUGGACAAUGACUUUGGCUCUAACUUAACGAGCUACACAGAGAACGAUCAUGAGUAUUCCUACAGUCUGGAUUAUGCGCUGUCCAAACUGAGCAUUGAGAAUCAGGCAGAGGCUGGACAUCAGCUGGAAGACAUGCUCCUGUCUUGUAAAUUCCAUGGAAGCAGAUGUGACAAGAGUUUCUUCAGUACCUUCUUGCAUCACAAGUUUGGAAACUGUUACACGUUCAAUAGCUUGACAAAAAUGGGAAGCCGUGGGCAGCUGAUGAGACGAGAAGUUCUGAAUGCCACCAAGGCAGGAUUCAGCUACGCACAAGAAGAAGCGAAUGAGGCUGAAAGCUGA